GUGGAGGUAAUGGCUGACUCUGGGAUUCCCAGGAGUGCUACAGUGAAAAACAUUAUGUUCUCACUUUGUGGAGCUCAGGCCGAACCACAUGUUCUCCAAGUCAUCAAAGAUCUGCUGACAAAGAGAGAAACGGUAGAGAACCGCCAAGAGAAGUUCUCAAGGUUGGUUGAAGAUAUACUGAAGCAUGAGAGUUUUAACAAAGCUCUAUUUGUCUUGAAGAACGCGUCAACAAAAUUCAGAGAGAACGCCACUUUCCCCCAAGUUGUUUCUCGUCUGUAUUACAUUGCUCAAGAACCAUCUGACUAUAACAAAGCUGAAGAAUGGGCAAAGAAAGCCAUUGAUCGAGCUCCAGACAUCUCUUACAUAGCUGACACUCUUGGACAGGUUUAUAAGAACCGUUUGUUGAGGCUGGGUACGGGACCAGACGAAAUCAUGAGAAUGGCAGACAAGGCCUUCACAGCAUUUGAAGAUGUGGAGAAGAAAGCAGACAAGGAAGAGCCGCAACAGAUGGACACAGAAGGUACUGCAAGCUUUGCAGAUACUUUCAACAAUCGGGGCCUUUUCGGCUUCAUUCAAGUGGCAAAGAUCGCUUUUGAAAAACUCAGUGACCAGCAACUGAAGGCUACUUUAAUCCAAAACAGGGAAAAGGAAGUUCAAGACAAGUUUGAAUUCUUUGAGUGGUACCUGACCUACUCGACGCCCAAUGAGACAACUUUAGAGCCAGACUACUUCUGGAAGGAUGUGGCCCUCUGUUACGAACAUUACACAACAAAAGCAGCAGCUGACUCCACCAGCUUCCCAGGUCUUCUUGACUGUUUGAAUCAAGGCCUUUUCAGGUCCAGGGGGAAGAGGGCAGGAUUUCAGGAGGAGGAGAAAUCAGGGUUUGAUUUAGAGGAAAUCCAACGUGAGUUGAAAAACCACUAUGAGGAAAAUGUUGAUGAUGUCCAAGUAGCCGAGAGGUACAUCCUCUCCAACAUCAUCUUGGGCAACAGGAUGCCGGAUUCUCCUCAGCUCGCCUCGGUGGAAGAACUCCAAACUAUCAUUUUGAGAUUCUUGGCCACAGAAAGGAGGCAUAGAAGUCCAGAGUUCUACCUCUUGGUGCUGCUGCUGUGGUUGUUCCCUGAGGAGCAGCCUCCGGUGCUGCAGGACGAGGACGAUGAAGAAGUGGAACAAGCGCCCACAGAUAGGCAGCCUGGACAGCUGCCUCUUGACCUUGGUUCUGGCCCAGACCUACAUCAGCAUGUCACCUUCAUGGAAGAAGCCUAUGAAAGGUCCAGUUAUGCAAAGUACCUUCGAUCCCGCUACCUUUUGCCUCUGUUUUUUCUGGGUAAGGAAUCUGGACUGAACAAAUGGAUUCACAAAUCACGGCUGGAUGCAAUCGUGGAACAAACGGUGGACGCCAUGCUGGCGGGUGAAAACAAUCCAACUGAUUCAGAGAAACAAAGUCUGAUUGAACACAUGUGGAAUGAGGGUGACGUUUGGCAAUUGCCGGAAAUCCAAAACAUCCUUCGCCCGGUCAUGGUUCACGACAAUAAAGUGGAUGUUUGUGCCGGAGGGUGGAAAGAAAAGGUUUCAACAGAGGUUGAACCGAAGGAUCCAACGUUGAGCACCAUCUAUCUUGGCUUCAACAUUAAGGGUCCUGUCCUCGUCAAGGUGGGAGUCCCUCAUGUGAACAAUGACUGACCAGGAACACUUUGGGAUCAAGACCCAGCACAACAAGUGAUGGAAUGACCAACAGAUCACCAUCGGUACCUUGAAAGCCAUCAUUCUCGUGUGAAAUUAUUUUAGGAUUCAUGAAAACUAAGUGUAAGGUUUCUCUAAAGCACCUGACCAUUUUAUUUUAUUUUCUUUCACUCAUUACUCUGAAUUAUCAGUUCUUUUGAAGGUGUAUGGGUCAAAUGUGAUUGACAUUAAUCAGAUUUGUUGUAAUGUGUGGAUAUUCUUAUAUGUCUAUGAAAAUAUGUCUCAAUCAUAUGUGAUAAAGAUAUUAGAGACAUUUCUCUCAAAUACAUCCUACUUGCUUAUACAUAUUUUGGUUGUAAAACAGAUUUUGUGUUUGUGUUUAGUAUUUACAAUAAUUAAUUGUAUCCCCCCCCCCCCCCCCCCAUUGCAUUCUACUGGCCAGGUAUUCACUCUCUUAAGCAUCCAAAUGUAUUUGACAAAAUUAAUUUCCAUCUCAACUAAAAAGGUUUCUACCAGGGGAGAUAACCUGUUCUUCUAUAUAAUAAAGCUUUUAUCAUGUGGUGUCUAUUGGAUUAGUUAUC